AUGAGUGACAUUGGUGUCCCAGACAGUCCUGAGAGCUCCAGCAACCACUUUUCGCGCCUCGCUGGCAGCAAGAGCGCCGGGAAAGCCAGAGUCCCGCCCACCCCUCAGAGCCUGCGUUUCCAGCGUCGCCAAAACGAACGUCAGUUCUACGAAACAUCAUACCGCGCAAGCACCCCGACCAUGGAAUAUCCGAGCGGCACUUCACCUUGGGCUUCCUCCCCGGAUGCGAGUAGGACGAGCUUCGGUGGUGAGAUACCUCGGGAGGACCUACCUGCGCCUGCGGUACAAGCACAUGAUGCGAAUGGAGGAGAUGCGGCGUAUACACACCAGCCGCCAGCACAGCACGAAGGCGGAUGGACGCCGGAGCAGCAACAAGGCCAGUGGCAACAUCAACAGCAAGAGUACCAGUCUCAGCAGUCGCAACACCAACAACAGGGAUCUGGCGAAGAGAACAGAAGGCCGAACUCUACAUCCCGAUAUCACAACGUUCCUCAGCAGCAGAGACAGCACAUGCCCCAAUACAAGCUCCAGGCCAAGAUCACGGGUCUGGAGCGCACUGGGAAGAAGGACCCCAUAUUGAGAUUCGACGUCUACGUAUGCGCGUCCCCUUCCCUGUUCUUCCGCAAUUCAUGCUGACAACGCUGCAGACCAAUCUGCCCAAGUUCAGGACUACUCAGUUCCGCGACGUUCGACGAACACAUUCGGAGUUUCAGAAGCUAGCCGAUCACCUUACUGCGUCCAACCCCGAAGCUCUUGUACCCGCAGUGCCGCCUCCGUCAACUAGCGCUGGUAUGGGAACAGAUGAGGAUGAAAGUCGUACAAGAACAGCACUUCAAAAAUGGCUCAAUGUGAUCUGCUCCAACGAUGUCUUGAUGAGGGAUGAAGAGAUGGUCUUCUUUGUGGAGAGCGAUUUCGGAUACAGCCCAGUUGUAAGGAAACGCCAGCCUGCAACAGGCGUAAGGAGGAAAGUGCUAAAGCAGUUUGCACCGCCUCCGGAUGACACGCCAGAGCUCAUGGAGAGUAGACCAGCAGUGAAGGCAUUCUAUCUUGGAACAAUGGAUUGCCAGCAGAAGGUUGACAAGCUCGUCAAGAAUAGACGAUGUGAGUGACAAGACGAGUAUUUGGAGAGACAUGGGUACUGACUUUGACAGCACUUGGCGUAGCGGAAUCGGAUCUAGGCACUAAGCUACAGGCUCUAUCCAACAAUGAGAUGCAUACUGGCCUUGCAAAUGCUUACCGCAAGCUCGGAAAGGUCAUUCAGAAUACCGGCGACUUCCAUGCAGCUCAAGGCACAGCUGAGGCGACCACUUUAUCUGAUCCUCUUGCAUAUCACAGCAGCGAUGCAUUCAUCGUCAAGGAGACACUUACGAAUCGGCAUAUUCUUCUGCGCGAGCUUAUGCAGGCACAGCAGGCUACUCGCAGCAAGCUUUCUGCAGCAGAUCGUCUCAAGGCCAGCUCUAGUGUAAAGCGCGACAAGGUCGAUGAGGCGAUUUCGGCACUGGACGAGGCGAGGAGUCACGAAUCUUAUCUACAGCAGAAGACGCAGCGUGUCACACAAAAUCUCCUGGUCGAAAAGCGAAAGUGGUUUGCGAGGACCGCAGCUGAUAUGCGAACGAGCGUACGCGAAUACGUGAUUCGACAGAUUGAAGCGGAGCGCCGUACACUUGCCACUUUGGAACAUGUUCGGCCAGAAGUGCGCAAUAUUGAUGCGUCGGGAGGUCUCUCGAGACUUGGCCGCGAAGCGCAUCCCGUGGUUCGGCGCACUAGCAUGGCGUCCAGUCAAGGACCAAAAGGCGACGCAUGGAGCGGCGUGCCAAGACGGCCUGACGGAUUGAACAGGAGUAUCAGCGGCAGCUUUGUUGGCGGCGUCACGGGAGCUGUGCCCGAAGAGGGCGAGGAGGAAGGAGGCGCAGACGGCGGUACUGCAGGUGGCAGGAAGAGAGCCACAAGCGGCGCAAGCAGUCUUGGGAAGCUGGCAGAGGAUGAUGACGAUGAUCGGAUCGAUGCGAGAAAUGCGGCUAGCAGACUUGCGCAGACGACUUUUUAG